AUGCAGAAAAGAGAGAACCACGCGCUCCUCCUCCUCCUCCUCCUCCUCCUCCUCGUCGCCUUCUUCGCGCAUGCCGCUCGCCCGGAGCCCGCGGAACACACGGCAGCCCGAGCGCCGUCACUAGUAAGCGCCUUCCCCCCGGCGAUCUCGCAUGCCGGUGAUUCUUCUCUUCUCUGCAAUGGAGGGGAUGAUUUUCUAUUGCCCGUGUUUUUGGCAUCUGAUUGAUCUUUGCAUGUUGCCCAGAAGGAUUCAGGGGAGGGAUCUGAGGUGGCCGUCGAGAGCUGCGGGGACGAGUGCAUGAUGAGGAGGACCCUGGAAGCCCAUGUAGACUACAUCUACACUCAGGAUAAUAAUCCGUGA